CAUAAUCACAUAUACAAUCAGAGGAAAGCAAUAUGGAUAUAGAUUCCUGUAAAUUUUCAUCCCAUCAUGUAGUUCUUUUUCCCUUUAUGUCCAAAGGCCACACCCUACCGAUUCUUCACCUAGCCCGCCUCCUGAUCCGCCGAGGUAUGGCGGUGACACUGUUUACCCCCACCGGCAACCGACACUUUAUUGCGAACUCUCUUGCUGACACAUCCGUCUCCAUCAUCGAAAUUUCUUUCCCACAAACUGUCCCUGAAAUCCUACCCGGUGUUGAAAGCACCGACGCAUUAUCUUCGAUGACUCUUUUUUAUCCAUUUUGCAAAGCCACAAAGCUGAUGCAAGCGGAAUUCGAGAGGAAGCUGGAGGUUCUGGUUCAGGUUCAACCAGUGAGCUUCAUGGUGUCGGAUGGGUUCCUAUGGUGGACCCUCGAGUCUGCUUCGAAGUUUGGGUUCCCAAGGUUGGUGUUUAUGGGCAUGAACCAGUUUUCUUCAAGUGUGACCAGAGCUGUAGUUGAAGACAGGCUUUUUGAUAGGGUCGAGUCAGAUGAUGAGUUAUUCACUGUAACUCAGUUUCCAUGGAUUGAGGUUACAAGAAACGACUUCGAUUCGACAUUUCUUGAGAAUGAUCUUUCAAAGGAGGUAUUCAUGGAUCAAAUUAAAUCAAUAUCAAACAGUUAUGGGCAUAUUGUUAAUAGCUUUUAUGAGUUGGAAAAAGUUUAUAUUGAUCAUACGAACAGCAAGGGAAGCCAAAAGACUUGGUGCGUAGGACCAUUGUGCUUAGCUGAACCGGAAUCACCCGAACCCCAAAAGAAACCCUUUUGGAUUGAUUGGCUAGACGAGAAGCUAGCUCAAGGGUGCUCUGUUUUGUACGUGGCGUUCGGUUCUCAAGCCGAAAUCUCCCCCGAACAACUCCAACAAAUCGCGACCGGAUUGCAGGAAUCAAAGGCAAACUUUUUGUGGGUGAUAAGAAAGAAAGAAUCCGAAUCAAUGGAUACUGAAGGUUUAGAGGAAAGGGUUAAAGGGAGAGGCAUGGUGGUGAAACAAUGGGUGGAUCAAAGGCAAAUACUGAAACACCAAAGCAUCCAAGGAUUUUUGAGUCACUGUGGGUGGAAUUCAGCAUUGGAAAGCAUGUGCUACGGUGUACCAAUCCUUGCAUGGCCAAUGCUAGCUGAGCAGCCAUUGAAUGCGAGAAUGGUGGUGGAGGACAUUAAGGUAGGGUUACGAGUUGAAUCCGGAAGAAAUGGGAUGAAACCAGGGUUCGUCAAAUGGCAAGUGUUGAUGAAGAUGGUGAUAGAGUUAAUGGAAGGAGAGGCGGGAAAACAAGCGAGGAAAAGAGUGAAAGAAGUUGCAGAGAUGGCUAAGAUGGCUAUGGAGGAAAAUAGCGGUUCUUCUUGGAAGACAUUGAACUUGCUUAUUGAUGAAAUAUGCAACAAGGAACAACACGUCCGUCAUUGAAGAUGUCUGUCGUUUUGGAAAGAGGACAACAUGAUACGUGACAAUCCAGUAGUGCUUUGUAGACAGCUUUUCUUGGAAUUAUUUGUCGUGAUACGUACCUAAGGUUUUGGGGUUAAUCAUUGUUGAUAUUAAUUAAUGAUUUCACUAAAAUUGAAAUUA